ACAGGGGUGGGGAGGGACUCAGCAACAACGAGCAAAGUGCUGGAACAGUGCGGUCUCUGGAACAACUGGUCCCCACAAAGGUUAGAAAUAUGGGUUUCGUGGCCCUUGAAACGAAAACAAGAGCCAUUUUUCCCCGAAACUGGCAGUUGUUAACUACGCAGUGGACGAAGACUGGUUUCAUUUAAUGGUGUAAUACGUGAGUUAUUUGGAGUUUAACAUGUGGGAGAUGGUGGGUUUAUCGAGAUCCUCGUUGUCUAAGAGAACAAGAUGGCAGCAUUGCAGGCAAACCGAGCAUGGUGUGGGUACUUGUUAACUCGUUAGCAUGUUCAGAGAAGCCCUGGAUUCUGUCAUUUACUAUUGUUUAUAAAGGUAUGACCUCACACGUUUUGGUCUACCCACCACAUGUUUAUCAAACCCAAACAAGUGCCUUUUGCAGUGUGAAGAAACCCACAGUUGAGCUCAAUCACUGUGUUUUUCAUAGGAGGACCCUGCAGACCUAUAUAAUUGGAGUAAACCUUGGCAUUGCUAAGCCUACCAAUAUCCUCCUUUCAAUUAUCUUUGCCGGCAGCUACAUCCCUGAAAGAAGUACACAGGGAGUUGCUCCAAAAAACGACCCCCUCCCCCCCCUGUCAAGGCAAGGGUCCAGAGAAGCUGAGGCUGCAGGGGGACAGCAGUGUAGGUGCAGUCACCCUGGGUUUCGGGGACUGUGGCUAGAGAAGCAACAGUGAACAAGGUGAAGGAGGUAGUUCAAACCUCCUGUGCUCUAAUUGGACAGCUUCCUGCGAUGUGGGCUGAACUGUAAGGGUGAGUGGAGAACAGUGGGAAAGCCAUGCAGAUAGUGGAGGACAUUUCCAUGAUACCUGCCAUGUUGCAAACUAAUGUAGGGAACAAGAACACCAUGGGGGGAGUGUCCCCCAAACAGAAUGUUGGUGGGACUGGGGCUCGUAAUGCGGCAGGGGAUGGGGACUACCAGUUGGUGCAGCACGAGGUCUUGUGCUCCAUGAAGAACACUUAUGAGGUGCUGGAGUUCCUAGGUCGUGGCACCUUCGGACAGGUGGUGAAGUGUUGGAAGCGAGGCACAGGGGAGGUUGUGGCUAUCAAGAUCUUGAAGAACCACCCAUCGUAUGCAAGGCAGGGCCAGAUUGAGGUGGGCAUCCUUGCCCGUCUGAGUGGGGAGAACGCUGAUGAGCACAACCUGGUGCGGGCAUUCGAGUGCUUCCAGCACCGCAGCCACACUUGCCUGGUGUUUGAAAUGCUGGAGCAAAACCUCUAUGACUUUCUCAAGCAGAACAAGUUUAGCCCGCUGCCAUUGAAGGUGAUCAGACCGGUCUUACAGCAGGUGGCCACUGCGCUGAAGAAGCUCAAGAGCUUGGGCCUGAUCCACGCUGACCUGAAGCCGGAGAACAUUAUGCUGGUGGACCCGGUGCGACAGCCUUACCGGGUGAAAGUGAUCGACUUUGGCUCGGCCAGCCACGUGUCCAAAGCCGUGUGCUCCACGUACCUGCAGUCACGCUACUACAGGGCUCCAGAGAUCAUCCUGGGCCUGCCGUUCUGUGAGGCCAUCGACAUGUGGUCCCUGGGCUGUGUCAUCGCUGAGCUCUUCCUGGGCUGGCCCCUCUACCCAGGAGCACUGGAAUAUGACCAGAUUCGCUACAUAUCUCAGACACAAGGGUUGCCAGGGGAGCAACUGCUGAACGUGGGGACCAAGACUCCCCGCUUCUUCUGCAAAGAGUCUGACUCGCCUUAUGCUCCCUGGAGACUGAAGCUGACAGGGGAACAUGAAACUGAGACUGGGAUGAAAUCCAAAGAGGCCAGGAAGUACAUCUUUAGCAGUCUAGAUGACAUGGCACAUGUGAAUCUGGUGCUGAACAUGAAGGGCAGUGACUCGUUGGCGGAGAAGGCCGACCGGAGGGAGUAUGUGGGCCUGCUGAAGACCAUGUUGCUAAUUGAUGCUGAGAAGAGGAUUGCUCCCUCCGAUGCCCUCAACCAUCCCUUUGUCACCAUGCAGCACCUCCUCGACUUCCCCCACAGCAAUCAUGUUCAAUCAUGUUUCCAAAUCAUGGAUGCCUGUCAAUCACGGCCCAACACGUACAACACACUCAACCGCAACAAAGCCCUGUUCCCCAGACCCUCAACCAACUCAGCUGGACUGCCGAUGGCCUUCAGUAAGAUGGGAUCAGUUCGCUCUCAGGCUUUGACGCAAUCUGCUCCCUCUGUGAUGCAUCCUGGGAUGCUGCAGACAGGAACCAGUCAGUUUGGAUGUAAUGACUCCUUUCAGCCAGCCCUCAUCCUCUGCCCCCCAGCCAUACAAGGUAAUCCAAACCAGCCAGGAUAUACAGUUAGGAUGGAAAACACAAUACCGAUGGUGACCCAAGCCCCUCCCAUACAGCCUUUACACAUGCGACCCGGAGUCAUAGCACAGCAACCGUGGUCAAGUAGAAACCAGCAGAUCCUAAUACCAGCCUGGCAGCAAGUGGCUCCCCCUCCCACCACUAUGGCUUCUGAUACUGCGGGUGGCCCACAGAGGCUCAGUGACUGGGGGAACGUUCGGCAACACAGCAACCAUUACAGCAACAUGAUGCAGCCUCUUCUAACCAACCAAAUGGCCAUGUCUGGUCCACAACCAAUCAACAUUGGCAUUGCACACGUGGUGUGGCCACAGCCGCACGCCAACAAUAGGAACCGGCCCAGUCAGAGCCGCAGCAUGCACUACUCCCACAACAAUGGCAACAUCCAAACCUCAAUGUGCCGCUCUCCAAAGAUGGCCGACCGUGUUAGUCACACAGGAGGAGGAGGAGAUGGUUCCCGUGGGGAGAGGCCUGAGGUGGAGGUUCAGCAGGAAAGACGACAUGAGGAGGAGGUGAGCUGCUGUAAGGCAGUGGAGGAUGAGAGGAUAGACAUGUCCCACCAGCAGCGAGAGUCUGUGGUCAUCGACGACCUGCCCAGCCCCACCAUCAGCGUCAUCAGCAGUGACACGGACGGAGAGGAGGGUUCCUCUUGCAGGUUCAAAGGCAGCCCUGACUGCGAGGCGUGUAAGAGCUCUCUGAACAUGGAGCGGGUGUGUUCCCUCAGCAGCCCAGACAGCACCCUGAGCACCAGCUCCUCUGCCUCGGUGCAGUCCAGCCCGUCCCCCUGUAAGAGGCCCAACAGCAUGUCUGAGGAUGAUGGUCAUGAGAGUGGCUGCGAGACGGUAGAUGGUUCCCCUGCCUCGGACUCCAGCCGGAGCCAGAGCCCCUACCUGGAGAGCCGCUACCUAGGCAACCACAGCCAUCAAUCUCUGAGCAUGAGGACGAGUGGCAUGGCCCCCCAGAAGGAGCCCAGAAAUCCCCCUGUGAGAACCAUGGUGGUGCCACCUUUGAAGGUGGUGCUGAACAACAACAACAUGGACCUGCACACAGACCGAACGGUCUUCGAAUCCUCAUGCCAGUCCAAAAGGCGCUGUGCCCCUGGACGACUGAACCACCACAAGCCCCGGCAGCAACAGAAGAUGACCACAUUCCAGCAGCAGCCCCUGGGCUUCGGCCAGCCUCAGGUCCAGCAAUACAGCUCCUGCCACAAGGAAUGGAACGGAAAUUAUGGGCUGCAUCGGCGGCCGCACGCUUACAUCCCUCCCACGGUACACGGCCACGCUUUCACCCCCACCCACAACUCGGGGCCUCACCCCCAGACCACCCUGCUUUCCUAUCCUCCCACUGCGCCCGUCGCCCACCUCCUGGCCUCGCCCUGCGCCCAGCGGCCCGUCCUACAACCCGCCUUCGGCAUCUCCCACCCUGGCAGCAUUGUCCACCAGGUGACCAUGGGCAUCAACCACCGCCUGCUGCCCUCACCCACCAUCCACCACCAGGGCCAGUUUGGGCCCCUCUUUCCCCCACACUCCUACAUCGCCUCGCCAGCCUAUACAGGCUUCCCCCUCAGCCCCACCAAACUCAACCAGUACCCUUACCUCUGAGCACCAGCCGCCCAGGGCCAUAGGCCAGCAAGGGCAGCCAGAAGUGACAACGUUAACCAAGGCCUUCAUCCGUCAUCUCUCAAGUUAUGACAGAGAAAGACCCCCCCCCCCCCCCCCCCCCCCCCCCCCC